AUGGCGUUUGCAACCCCAAUACCUCCCUCUCACGUGGGAACUCAUUCCUUUCAACACGAUGCUGGAGAACCAGAUCCUAUGGAAUUUCCCCAACUGAAACCAACCACUACGAAUGACGACCAUGAAAGUGCUGAAGAAAACGACUGGGAAAUGGUUUCCGACGAACCAUCAGCACCUCCCGUAGUUCCAACGCCCCCUCAGGUCAAAUUUCAGCUGACCAAAUCUCAGACGGUGAAGCAAGACGAAAAGCAAGACGAAAAGCAAGUUCAAAAAUCUCAUGGGAAUCCCAAGUGUUUGAUGCAUUCGCAGUCGUCUCCCAACCUGAGAGAUUACAUUAUUGAAGAAUCCGACAGCGAUUCGGAGUUUGAGCACGUGGGAGCCAAUGUCAGUCUAGAUGAUGGCUCCAGCAGCUUUUCCAUCAUUUCAACUCCUCCUUCGGUCAAUUCCAUUUGGUCCUCUCGGAUAUCCUUCAAGGAUGCUCUUUUGAAAAAGGAUGCCACGAGCAUUCCUGAAAAUGCCACAGCAACGGAACCCCAAAAGAAGAAACCACAUGGCCAGCAUAUCAAAAAGAUCAAACCUAGAUUCAUUGUCCAAGCCGUCGCUCCAAUGAAACAUGCCAAGAGCAUGGGCGAUUUGAGCAAACUGGCAGAAGACGAAGAGAUUCUGGGGGAUUCUGACGCGCACGAAUAUUACUCUCGCAAGGCCCAAGGGUCCUUGGGACGACAAAAUGGGCGCAAACAACGGCCGGAUGAAGCCAAGCGAUUGGAAAUCACCAUGAACAAGAAGAACAUGCAAAAAGCUCGACAGGGUCAUUAG